AUGUCUGACAAACCCCGAACAGAUGGGUCUUCCCCAACAUGCGGAAUCCUACAGGUAUACCUGAAGAAGGUCGCUGCCGAACCUAUCAGCUUCAGUGCUUUGCAAGCAUUCAUCGAAGGAAAACAGAGAAAGCAGACCCCUCAGGUACUGACUGCCAUCAAUGUUUUACAGCUAAUCAUUCACCAAGCUCCCAAUCUUAGCUCAGGUUCCCACUCAACAGAGUCUGACUCUGACGAGGAGCUUGCGCAAAUUCAUACAGCUAUUGCUCCUCUUCUGGACUCUGCAUCUCCUCAAGAGCUCCAUCAGGCACUUGCAAUCACGCAAAAGCUCUUACUCAACACACGCAGCCGGUGCAGAGAGUUGUUGAAGAGGAACACCCUCCUUGAGACUUUAGCUUCUCAUGGCCGGAAGAAGCUCACAGCAAAUGAACUUGCCCUAGCAGUGAAGGAAGACACUAUCAAGGCUCAUGGACACAAGUACUCCAUGACUCACUGUCUAUGGAUUGACACGCACCUGUUCCCUUUGUGCACCUGUCCCAAUAUAGACCUCUCUAGCAAAGAGCACUGGCUCUCUCCACUCUCUAUCGAGGAUGGUGUCAAAGCCGAACUAUUCCUCUUCAUUCCUGAGACUGACCAUGAGUUGAUGAGCCACAAAAACUUUGGGCGCAGUUUUGCAAAAGGCAUCAAUUCUGUUCGCUCCGAAAUGGUUUCUGAUGUCAAAUCUUGCGCUGGCGCGAUCUUUACCAUGAGCUCGGACAUUUUUCUCGCAGGCUACAAGCGAAGUACUGAGUCCAAAUACCACACCUUGCUUGUGAAUACAAAUGACGCUUACACCAAGUUUGCACCAAUUCUAUUCCCUAAUCCUGAGAAUCCAUCAUCACAGACAUUUCUAAAGACAGCCUGGCAGGCUUGUUCAGAUUUUGAGAGUCUUGAUUUUCGGCAAGAGUUCACUAUCUUCGAAGUCAAUCCCAGCCAGAAAAACGAAGGUGAAGAUCUGGGAGCUGUGAACUACAACUCCAGGCAUGAUAGCAGCAGCAGCUGUUGUUGCGAUCUUUCUCCUCUCUGGUGA